AUGGAGGAGGAAGAUGACAUUGCCGCUGCCAACAUUCUGAUUUGGAUGAGCGAAGCAAUCCUGGAAGAGAGAGAAGCAAUUGAACUGGAGAAGAUAAAGAUGGAGAUGAAGAUGAAGGUUGAUGGCUUAACAAUAAUAGACAAUAAUCCAAAACCGGCUGUACAUAGCAGCGUUGAUGGAACCCCGCUGCCAAGAUUCCCUCCAAUACCUUUGUUGAACGGCAAGAUAGAUUUGAGUGCGUGCAGCAUGCCGUUUGAGAAACAGCUAACCGCGACAGACGUUAAGGAAGAUCAGAACCGUCUUUCGUUGAGUAAGGACGAGGUGAAACGCUCCUUUCUGCCGUUGUUGAAUGACCACGAACGUGUUUGCCAGGGUGUACCUGUGACGACGUACAACCCGGAAGGGAAAGAGUAUGGGAUGAUGUUCAAGAGUUGGUCGACACAGAGGGUUUAUGUGCUGAAUGGAGGGUGGAAGAGAUUCUUCCGAGAGAACGGGUUGGUGGAGGGUAGACAUUGGGUUACUGUGUGGAUGUUCCGCCAUAGCCAAACUCGAAAGCUUUGCUUUGCCCUCACUUGGAAGUUCAUUCCCAUGGAUCAUCCUUGCACUAUUAAACAGAUCAGAAAACUCAAGGGGGGUUAG